UCACCAUCAAUUUCCACCCCAUAAAUCCAUCCCCCCGCGACUCCGGGCUCCAAAGCAGCAACACACGUCCAAAACGAAGGGAAUACUAAAUUUCCAAAACCAUGGCCUCGAUCACCUUCCACACCCUCCUCCUCCUCCUCCUUCUCGUCCUCCUCCUCCUCUCCUCCUCUACGCUCGCCGCCGACGCUCCGGAAUCCUCCUCUCCAUCCGAAUGCGACACGGCACACAGCGGCGAGUGCUACAACCGGCCGAAGGCCCUGCGCCUGAAGGUCAUCGCAAUCCCGACCAUCUUAGUUUCCAGCAUCAUCGGCGUCUGCCUCCCGCUCUUCUCCCGGUCGGUCCCCGCGCUCCGUCCCGACCGCAACCUCUUCGUGCUUGUCAAGGCCUUCGCGUCCGGCGUGAUCCUCGCCACCGGCUACAUGCACGUGCUCCCCGACUCCUUCGAGAGCCUGACGUCGCCGUGCCUCCCCGAGAAGCCGUGGUCCCAGUUCCCGUUCACCGCCUUCAUCGCCAUGGUCUCGGCCGUCCUCACUCUGAUGAUGGACUCCUUAAUGCUUACAUUCUAUAACAGGCAGAAGAAGGGCGGCGGUGCCGUGGUGGUCGACCACGAGAGCCCGAUGAAUGCCGCUGUGCCCGUCUCGCAUGGCCAUGGCCACUCCGGGCCGCCGCAGCACGGCAAGGAUGACAAAGAAGGGGCGGAGGUGGCCCUGCGCCGGAAUCGCGUCAUCGUGCAGGUUCUGGAGAUGGGAAUAGUGGUGCACUCGGUGGUGAUAGGUCUAUCAAUGGGGGCCUCUCAGAAUCCCUGCACCAUUAGACCUCUGGUUGCUGCCCUUUGUUUCCACCAACUGUUUGAAGGAAUGGGCCUCGGUGGUUGCAUUCUCCAGGCAGAAUAUAAGAUGAAGAUGAGAGCAGUCCUGGUCUUCUUCUUCUCCACCACGACGCCAUUCGGGGUGGCUCUCGGGAUCGCCCUGUCCAAUGUUUACAAAGACAACAGCCCGACCGCUCUCAUCGUCGUCGGGGUACUGAAUGCAUGCUCGGCGGGGCUUCUCAACUACACGGCAUUGGUCGAUCUCCUUGCAGCUGAUUUCAUGGGUCCCAAGCUGCAGGGCAGUGUCAAGCUUCAGCUAGGGGCCUACGCAGCAGUGUUCCUUGGUGCCGGCGGCAUGUCCAUCAUGUCAAAGUGGGCUUAAAAAAGAGGCCAUUCAUGCCUUCUAAGCUUGCAACUAGUGCAAGUAGUAAUGCUGUGGCCUUCGUCAGAAGGGCACUCACUGAGGGUUACUGCUGAGACUUUGGCACGCUGUUUGUAGUUGUUUUUUUUGGCGUUUUCAUGGUGAUGUGUUAGCAAUUGUCCCAAGCAACUAGUCCUGUACGUCAGCAUGUAAGAAAGAAUAAUAAUGCAAGAGUUUGUUGUUAGCAA